UUAAAAGAUUUACUUAUUUCUUUCAUUUUUUUCAUUUAAGUUUUAAUAUAUUUCCUUUCAUUGAUGUUUUAAUAUACAGAGUAGCUUUUCUUUUUGUUUCAUUUACUUGUUAAUUGUAGUUAUUCCGGCCAAAUUUCCUACUUCUGAAACGCAAUCGGCGGCAGGAUUCGAGAAGUAACACAACUGCUCCUCCAUAUAUUCCACCGGACCUCUCGGCGGAAAAAUCUCCGUAAGCUAUCUGAGAUUUGGAGGUAAAUUAGAAAAAUGACGGAAUCAAAAGAGGACUCAUUAUACUUGAUAUUUCAACUUCUUCAGAAUAAUAAAAAAUAUGAAGGAACUCUUCAUAGAUUGGAGCAAGAAUCUGGACUCUAUUUUAAUAUGAAGUACUUUGAGGAUUUGGUGUCUAACGGGAACUUGGAUGAGGCAGAGAACUACUUAUUAGGUUUCAUAAAUGUUGAUGAUAAUCAAAUUUCUUGUAAGACCAUUUUUGAAAUCAGGAAGCUCAAGUACAUGGAGGCUUUGGAUAGGCAAGAUAUUGGCAAGGCUCGAGAAAUUCUUUUGAAGGAUUUAAAGGUUUUUGAAUCUUCUGAUAACGAUCUCUUGAAGCAGAUUACAUAUCUAUUUUCUUUUGAAAAUUUUAGAGACUGUGAGUUAGCAUCGCAUUGUGGAGAUACAAAGUCAAUGAGAAGGGGAUUUCUUGAUUUAGCAAAGCAGCUGAUAGAGGCAAAUCCAAAGUUUCAUGAUAAGCUAAAACUUCCAACCUUAAAGGAUGAUAGGUUACGGAAAUUGUUAGAACCGAGUUUGGUACUAAAGAACACUUUUUUGGUUCUUACACCCUCUAUCCCCAAAAGGUUUUUAUAGACCAGUUUUACAUGCAUGUUGAGAAAAUGGUGGGAACAAGUAAAUUUUAAGGAUAAGGUAAAGUAAGAGAAAAUGAGAGAAGAUGUGUUAAUAAAUAUUUAUGUGAUUGGACCAUUACUCAAAAUAUAAAUGUAGCAAAGUUUAAAGGGAUAUAGCAAAAUGAAAAGGGUUGAAAUCUAUUGAGGACAUAAGGAGUAUUUGCUUGGAAUUGUUGUUGGCAUAUUGUACUAUGGUUUUUUAAUGGUGGUUGUAGCUCUUAAAUAUUUUAUAUACUUUUAACAUGUCUUUUUACAUGAGAGUAGAAGUUUUAAUGCAGCAUAGGUUAGCAGCAACAAUUAUGGGGUUUUAUUGCCUAUCAAAAUCUCAUUGCAGUUGUUUAUGUGUGUUAAAAAAAUGUCUUUAAUUAAGGCAAAUUCAUUUUUUGAUAACUGACCGGUUGCUGGUUAUCUAGUAGUGCUAUGAUCAAUAAAUCCCACUAGGUGGAUUUAUUAAAAAAUAAAUAAUAAAUGAGUUUAUUUUCGACGGAUCGAGCAUAAAUUGUAUUAUUAUUGACAAUUUUUAGCAGUAUAUAAAUUAUUUUCAGUGGUACGUUACA